GAGCUGCGCUCAAGCUCCCUAUGAACUGUCCAUAGAGCUUUCGACUGGCUUUUCUGGCGAGUUUUCGGAGUGCCAAGUCUUGAUUGCGUAACAGGAUGUCGAGGGAAGUUGAGUCGUACAGUAUGAAGCUGCUACUUGUGAUAUUCCUAUUCAUGUUCCUAUGUCAAAGGAAUUGCGAGUCAGGGAUAGUUGAUAAGUUUGCAGAAUACAACGAGAUCAAUGCACCAGCUGAUGAUUCAGUUUUGGAUGACAAAGGAACAGAAAAUAAGGUGCUUGAAGACGCACUGCGGAGCUUCAACCUCAGUGCACAGUCCAAAUUGGCGGCCACAGGCAACAAGAGCAAUUCACAUCCUAUUACAUCGGAACUUUAUUGCGAUGUUGAGUGCCAGAAAUCGCGUAGAUCUGACGAUGAUCUAAGAAGAACUAGGAGAGGGGCGCCAAGCCAGAUCACAACAAAUCAUUGCAAGCUAACUCUUUUCCAUGAAAACUGUGACCCCGCAGGGGAAGAAAUCUCACCAGGAACCUGGAGCAUGUGUACAACAUGCCACAGACUCUACACGGUCAGUGAUAAUUGUUACCCAAGAUACCUUCAUACAAAGGUUUGUGAUGGGAAUAACGGCGGUUGUGCUUUCGAAAAUGGUAAACCACAAGGCACAUGCGUGUCUACUAAUAUCCCAGUAACAUUAUUGCGAACUGUAGGAGACGACAACAAACUUGUGCCUGAGAACCUUCAGGUGCCAAGCGGUUGCCAAUGUGCGCUCAAAAAGCACUCGUUUUUAAGCGCAAUACCCGUUGCCUGAUGGAACCACUGCGGUACAGCUCAUCAAUCCAGCAUUGAACUUUAUCCAAUAAACAAUAACACUUAUUUGUAAUCUUUUUGUGCU